UAAAAAGCUAUUGUAAAUAAAGCCGGUUUGGAAGAAAGGGAUUUUGCGGAAGGGGACAAACAACAAUCAGCUGUAAUCCUCAUAUUACAGAACUAAUUCUGCUUCAAGUACGACCAGUAAUGAAUUAAUAUAUCUUGUUGUGUUCAAUUUCGUUUUUAUCGUAGACUGUGACCUUUCAUUAUGUCUGAAAUUGACAACGAAACCGAACAGUUUCACGAAGAUCAUGAAAAUGAUAAUGAAUUUGACACCGAAGCUCAGUUAUUGGAGAGUGGGGAAAUUGAAGGAGAAACAAAUGCUGCAGACGAUUCUACGGCAGAUGACCCGGAACUAGAAGCAAUCAAGGCAAGAGUGAGAGAGAUGGAGGAGGAAGCAGAAAAGCUUAAAGAGAUGCAGAAAGAAGUAGACACACAGAUGAACAUGACAUCCCCUACCACUGCUAGUCCAUUUCCAACACCGGAAGAAAAGAUGGAUGCUGACAACAGAUCAGUUUAUGUUGGAAAUGUUGAUUAUGGAGCCACAGCAGAAGAACUGGAACAACAUUUCCAUGGAUGUGGCUCUGUCAACAGGGUCACCAUCCUUUGUGAUAAAUACACUGGCCAUCCUAAAGGAUUUGCCUAUGUGGAAUUUGCAGACAAAGAUUCAGUGACCACUGCCCAGGCCCUGGAUGAAUCACUGUUCGGAGGCAGACAGAUUAAGGUCAGUGCAAAGCGAACCAACAGGCCAGGAAUUAGUACAACCAACAGAAAACCACGGGGAUUCAGGCCGAGGGGGAGGUUCAGAAGUCCCUAUGGAGGAGGGGGGUACACACCUAGAAGACCAAGUCGAUUCAGAAGAGCUGCGUUCUAUUCUCCAUACUGAAGAUAUAUAGCAUCAAAUUCUUAACGUCAACUAAAAAAGAAAAAAAAAAACAAAACUAUCAAAAGAAAACUACAACAGCAAAAACAAA